AUGGAAGAUGACGUUCCAAUGGAUUGGACCGACCCGGACCAAUUCGCUCAACAUCAUGGCUUCUUAUGGAUCAGCGAAAAGCCUGGGGCCGGGAAAUCAAUCUUAAUAAAGUUCUUAUACUUGCAUACAAAGAAGAACACAAAUAACGAUGCUACCAUCUCUUUCUUCUUCAAUGCGAGAGGAGACGAGCUUAAAACAUCAACAGCAGGAAUGCAACGAUCCCUUCUGGUUCAACUCGUGGAGAGGUUUUCGGAUCUUCAAGUCGUACUUGACAAUCUGAAGGUCAGCCGUAUCGGUAACAUUGACGUGCUCCGGGACGCCUUCUCUGUGGCAAUAUCCAGACUUGGUCAGCGUCGUUUAACUUGCUUUAUAGAUGCCCUCGAUGAAUGUGAUCAGCACCAGGUCCAGGACAUGAUCACCUACUUUGAAGGUAUCGGAGAGUACGCUAUUGGUCAGGGAAUCAAAUUUCUCGUUUGUUUUUCUAGCCGCCACUACCCCUAUAUUUAUAUCGAGAACGGCAUCAAAUUGACCCUUGAGGACCAGCCUGGCCAUGGACACGAUCUGGAGAAGUACAUGAGGAGCAAGCUACGAGUCGGGCCAAAGAAGCGCAUCGAAGAGAUUAGUGGCGAGGUAUUACAGAAAGCCUCUGGCGUGUUCAUGUGGGUGGUCUUGGUUGUGAACAUCCUAAAUGAUGAGUUCAAACGAGGCCGUCUAUUCGUGGUUAAGAAGAGGCUAAGAGAAAUACCCCCUAAACUGAGCGACUUAUUCAAGGAUAUUCUGACCCAAGAUAGCCAUAACCUGGCCGAUCUAUUACUAUGCGUCCAAUGGAUACUCUUUGCGAAACGACCGCUUCGGCUUGAGGAGUUUUAUUUUGUGGUCGUGUCUGGAUUGGAUGCAAGCAGGCUGUCAAAAUGGGAUCCUGAAGAAACCGCUGCAGAUGAUAUGAAUUGA